AUGUACGACCGUUUGGACACGUACACGGCGACGCCCCCGCUGAAGUUCAUCAAGUUGAUGGUCUCGCGGGCUGCCUUGAUAAGACGUCCUGAUUCCAACGACUGGACCAGGGUGCUGGGGCUCUACGACAUCGUGACGGCAUUUUGGCACGCCGACUUGCCGCUAGACGAGCCGAUCACGGUGAUCCCGCCUAGAGGCGAUGACCCAGGGAUGGUGUGGCAGAUGCUGAAGGCCAUGUAUGGGACACGCCGUGCGUCCCAGUUGUUCCUCGAGUUUAUGGCGAAGGUCUUCGACCAGUGCGGCUACCAGGUAUUGAAGACCAGCCGCCAGAUCUUCUACUCGAAGCAGUACGACUCCUUGGCUGGUCUGUGGGGCGACGACAUCAUCGCCGAGGCGGAGAUCGAGGGCAUCGACCACCUUGACGCCAUGAUCAGCCAGCUUUGCAACAUCAAGGACCCAAAGCACGUAAUGAUGUUGUUGGAGAGCACGGGCAAGCUCAAGGCGAAGCCCCAAGCGAGCCCAUGCAGCAAGCACAUCGGCAGGGACGAUCCGGCGAUCCUCGACGAGCUGCUCGACGGCGAGGCGCAGACCAAGUAUCGUAGCGACACUGGUCGCGUGCUCUACGUGUCGUCCAGCCGCUUCGACAUCCAGUACUCGGCCAAGGAACUGGGCGAGCAGAUGUCUACGCCUCGCAGGCUAGGCAACGCCAGGCUGGACCGCUGCGCGCGGUACCUCACAGGAUGCCCCUUCCUGGCGCUCGUCUUCAAGCACGAGCCGCAGGCAGGCGGCUCCUGGAUCCCAGUCGACAGCAACUGGGCGGAGGAGCCGGGCCGUUAUUCGACCCAUGCGGGUUGCGAGUUUGUCGGCUCGCAUUUGAUCGAGUCCUGGGUCGUGACGGACCAGGUCCGCGCCCUCUCCAGCGCGGAAGCCGAGCUUUACGGUAUCGUCGACGGUGCCACCAGAGGCAUUAUGACACAGAGCCUCUUCCAGGAGAUCGCGGACAUGCGUGGCGCCGGAACGGCGUGGUCGGUGACAGUCGGCAGCGAUGCCAGCGCCGCCAUCGGCAUCAGCUCGAGGAGCGGCACCAACAUCGCCGACCUGGGGACGAAGGCUCUCGAGCCGAAGAGGCACCAGGAGCUCAUGAAGGGGCUCCCGCUGGCGAAACCCACCCGCCCGCGAUUCUUGGCGGUGCCGGCGGAUCUGGCAGCGACGCCUGAGACGCAGGAGGCGCAGUGGCAGGCGCCGUGCAUUUGA